AUGGUCCCUGGCAUGGCUGAACGUCGACCGCUACCCGGACCCACCCCUUCGGCCUGUGCAACUACGACUGCCACAAUCGCCUUCUGCGCCCCCGCGCGGAAAGUGCGUACCGAUGCAUCGACCACCGCUACUGGACCAAGUGAUUACAGGAUUGCUAAUCUUCGGAUAACAUCCUCCUUGCCCCCGGACUACAUAAGCUUGAACUCGCCCAACGCAGCCUUCAAUGGGCUUGGCAACACCAAUGCUAUGGCCACGGCCUCUUACCUGCAACGCCUUUUUGUCCUGCAGGAUGUGCGUAUGAAAGUGCACUGGCUGCUGCACAAUGUUCUCGAUGAGGAUGUGCGACGCGCUUUCGAGCCGUACGGCCAAGUGGUUGACGUCAACAGAGAGUGGUGGCGUGUAAACGGCAUCAGUGAAAAAGGCUCCACUACCCGUAUUGUGACACUUCGGUUGAAAGUGGGCGUCAAAAUUGAACACCUGCCUCACCAAGUGAACGUAAGCGGUGAGCAAGCUUUGGUGGUUGUUCCGGGCAGAGCGGCAGUGUGCUUACGCUGUCGAGCAAAGGGGCACAUACGGCGAGAUUGCCGUGUGCCACGCUGUGGUGCCUGCCGAAGAUUUGGCCACGAAGAGAACGACUGCACGUUGUCUUAUGCCAGCGUCACCGGACCUCCGAGUGGCAACGACCACGCAGAGCUGUUAAUGGACGAGCAUGAAGCUGAAGAGGCAGCGAGCGCCACUGCGAGGAAGGAACAGGUGACCCCAGAGUUGGUGAAACUGAGCAGGCCUAGUAGGAUGGACAAUGUAAAGGUCGAGAAGAAGGCAUCCGAACCAGAGCCAGAAAAACCGAUAAUGACAGACAAGCCUGAACAGCACCUGCCGACUGUAAAGGCUCCCAGCGACGCAGACACACUGCAAGACGACAUGGAAAUCAGCGACAGCGCAGGCAGUGCACUAGCUGGAGAGCGACCAAGAGACAUUGUUGAGGUCAAAAUACUUAGUUACGCCGACGAUAUUGCUGUGUUCUGCGAAGAUCGGGAGAGUAUUAGAGAAGCACUAAACGAUGUGAAAUUCUUCUGUGAUUGCACUGAUAGUAGAGUAAACUGGAAUAAAUGUCUUGGAAUAUGGCACGGAAAUUGGCAGAGCACACCAUCAAUAUUUCAAAGCAUUACAUGGAAGGUUAUACCUGUCAAGUACUUAGGGGUACCUCGCCAACACUACAGAGACACAACAGAAUAUUGGAAACAAGAGACAGAGCAACUAAGAGACAAUACAAAAACGUGGGGUGGGCGCGAUUUAUCAAUGUUUACGAGAGCGACAUUUUGUAACGUAUUUUUAGUCAGUAAGCUCUGGUAUGUCCUUCAGGUAAUGCAUUGUUCACGUGUGAAUCUACAGAAGCUUCAUCGAAUAUUUGCUGUUUUCUUGUGGGGUUCUUCUUGGGAGCGAACAAGUAGAACUAACUUAUUCAGACGGGUUCGCUCUGGACGACUUGGUCUGUGUCAUUUGUACCUUCGUCAGUUAGUUAAUCGGUUUAUGUUUUUCCGAAAUAAUAGAGACCCAUUCAUACGUACUGUUAUACAGCUUAGGCUUGGAAGACGGUUGCCAGAAUUUGUGGUAGCAUCUGUUCACAUGAAGGCAAGUAUUAGAGGUUUCUUAAAAGAAGUUGUUGAUUCAUGUCUCUUUCUAAAAACGCGUUUUUCAUUGGAAUACCUCAGUACGGUUUCGCGUAAAAAGUUAUACAAAGAUUUAGUAGAAACAGUUCUUCCUGUUCCCCUAUAUAGAGCAUUACACCGUGUAGGCCCAGGCCAAAAUGUUUUAAGCCGUGUUAAAAAAAUGGAGGUAACACCUGGAGCGAAAUCCUUUUUCUUUAAGUUGCACACUGGGACCUUGCCCGUGAAAACAUGGAUGCAAGAAAAAGGCUUAUUCGUUCCUUGGGGUGUUGAUUGCCUUCUCUGCAAAAAGCCGGAAACAAUUGAACAUGUUUUCCUGGACUGCUGGGAUGCAGUCUUUUUCUGGGAUGUUCUCCAAAGGACUUUGAAAAAGGAUCUGCCUCUCGAUGCCUAUGGCAUCAGAUUUCUACCAGUAUCAAAUGAAGAAGGAAUACCUUUCGACCUAGUUAUGUUACUGGGCCUGCACGGUAUAUGGCAAUCUAGAAUGGCGGUGCGCCAUGCUGAUGUUAAUGCACGUCCGGUCAGG